AUGGCAUCACGUUCCGUCCAACGGAUGACGACUCUGUCUGAAGAGAUCUCAGCCAAGACCAAGAUUAUCACCGACCACCUCACCGCCAAAGGUCUAGAUGCUGCAUCAUUCGAUGUCAAUGGGCUUGUCGAGUUUCCCAUCUCUCAAGACGAUGAAGAGCCAUACAAGGCUCGAUUAGAUCUUAUAGCUCUAACCAAAGAGCUGCAUGACAUUGCUCUCGGCCCAAAGGAAGGCUUGAGGUACUUGGCUUGGGAUUGUGUCAACACUCUAUCUCUUCAAUCAAUAUGGGAAUUCAAGAUUGCCGAUGCUGUGCCCCUCGACGGCAUCAUCUCAUAUGAAGAUCUCACAGCAAAAGUCAGGGAGGUGAACAAUGGACUCAACAUCUCCCUGCUCGAUCUACGCCGUCUCAUCCGCCACGCAAUGACAAACAACAUCUUCAUAGAGCCUAAAAAGGGAUUUGUGGCUCACUCGCGUACUUCACAACUCAUCCGAGAGGACGCUCCUCUGCGCAACUGGGUUGGCUUCAUGUGCAAUGACCUGUGGCUACCGGUUGCCAACGUCAUCCCGGCGAUGAAGAAGUGGCCUGCGAGUGAAGAGUCCACAGAGACUGGUGAUGCAGUGUUUUCCAGGAGAUAUAAUCUGGCUAUGCAAGCCCAUGGCAGCGGAGAGGGCUAUUCCAUGCAAUCAGUAAUCGAAGGAUAUCCAUGGGGCAAGCUCCCUCAAGAUGCAACAGUAGUCGAUAUGGGUGGCAACCAGGGCUACAUCUCCUUCGCCAUCGCAGAAUCCUUCCCGAAUCUCACCUUCAUCGUCCAAGAUACCCCAGGCAUGCGCACCCCAGAGACCAUUGGCAAAGUCCCCGACCAUCUUCAAUCGAGAGUCGAACUCACCACUCACGAUUUCUUCACGCCGCAGCCCGUUGUCGCCGACGCUUACUUCUUUCGCAUGAUCUUUCACGGCUUUUCAGAUAAAUACUGCCUACAAAUUCUUCGAGCGCUGAUCCCUUCAUUGAGGAAAGGGGCAAAGGUCAUCAUCAACGACGGCGCUUUACCAGAACCUGGGACGGCUGGGUACAUCGAGGAGAAGACCAUGAGGACGCUGGACCUGUUCAUGCAAGUCACUGUGAAUGCCAGGGAAAGGGAACCGGAUGAUUGGAGACAAUUGUUUGCGAGGGCAGAUGGUCGGUUUAAGUUUAACGACAUUUGGAGACCGGAGAAGUCGAGGAUGUGGUUCGUCGAGGCGGAGUGGACUGGGGAGUGA